AUGUUAGUUGUAGCACUUGCGUUCUGUGACCUGCUAUGCUGUUCCAUGGUAAUGCCACUGGGUGUGAUAGAGGUCUUUGAAAACGGAAAAUGGAAUUUCGGAGCCGAAGUUUGUGGGAUGCGAUCUGUCUUAAACGAUUACAUACAAUGUGCGUCAAUCUACCAUGUGACUUGCAUGGCUGUAGACAGAUACCUUGCUGUUUGCAAACCAUUUGUGCACAGGCUCUUAACCAAUAAAGCUGGAUACUUGAUGAUUGCUGUUUCCUUGAUUGUUCCAGCUUCUUUAGUGGGAAUUAACACCAUAAUUUCAUUAACAGGCGAUAGGUAUGGGAGCUUCUGGUCAAACAACGUUCAAUAUUUUGUUUGGGUCAUUGCAUUCUAUGCACCAUUUUUUGUCUCGUAUAUUCUGUAUUUGCUCAUUCUCGUUCAAGUGCGUGCGUUUCACAAACGUCAACUCAAGCUUUUCGGACGAAACCCGAAGAAAAUUUCUGAGAAACAAACGGAAUCCUUGAACAUGACAUCGUCUUUGUGGAGUCUGUCAAAAAGAGCAUUUACUACGGCAACAAAAAUUAUAAACGUCAAUUUUAACAUUAAUCAGCUAAAUUUUUAUACUACACAGGGAAAUGAUCAGCCGACACGGAAAAAUGUCAAUAACAAAGAGCUUUCAAAAGAAACGAUAAAUACAGUGGUGAACCAUUCAUCCCGCCAAAAAUAUUUGUUUGCAUCAUCAGAGGAAGAGAGGAACAUGGCGACAUGUUCCCCCGUGGUUCCAUCAAUACAGAAUAAAGAAGAAAUAUCGUGUGAUGAAGCGAAUGGAAACGAUGUUGCAGUACAAGGAAUAACAACGUCUGCUGUAACAGCGUAUAACGAUGCUGUAGUACAAGAAACAACAAUGGGUGAGGUUCCAACUAAGAACUGUGUAGAAGAUGCUAGGUUAGUGAGGUUUUCCGAUAACCAACAUGAGAAAUACGUAAACGAGAUAGAAGCACAACGGCAAACUACGUUGCCACACAUCAAACCGGUUGUUACAUCUUCCGCAAUCAAAAAUAUGAAGGCCUACCAUACCCUGGGUUGCCUGAUCAUCUGUUACACGAUCUGCUGGCUACCAGGUUGGUUGACUAUUUUCUUUGAGGACCAAUCCAGUGGACAUAUUUUUAUAUUGUUAUCUUGGUUGACUUACGUUAACACAGUUUUAAAUCCUCUUCUG